GUGUUGUCACUCUCUCACACACACACACCCACUUGCGCUCUGAUCACCCAAAUCCAGUAUUUCACCCUUUUUAUAUCGCUCACCUGCAACGCUUCCUCAGUCACUAAUGUAAAUGAUAGAAAAUCAACAUGCCUGUCACCCACGCUGUUUCGUUUAACCAUUUCGUGAUACUUUUUACAGUGUUGGGUCGCAUUUUAUUCACACGCACUCAGACGAUUUUGGAAAUGUCCUCCGCAGCAGUCGCUUCCUCCAAUCAGUCUUUUGCGCACACACCCCCUGCCUGGAUUAAGUUUCUUUCGUUUUCAUUUCCCGGAAGGAUCGAAUGUGAAAGACUUUUUUUUUUUCCUUCGAGGUCUUUUUAUUCUACAUUUAUAUAAAAUGAAGGUCGAGGAUGUUUGAUUAAAUAGGUAAUUUGAUUUAAUGGUCGGACUUUAUGUGUGCUUAUGGGGAAGUUAUAUUAGUAUUUGCGCAGGACGAAAACAAAAAAGGACUUAAUCCAUGGAGAAAAUCCCCCUGUCACCUAGGAUCAAGCUAGAACACGGAGAAAGCAGCCCUCCAUCUCACGUUCAAAAAGGAGGAAUCGUUGUCCCUCCCACCAUGCAUCACCCCCCCUCUAACCCAGCUGGCCCCAUCAAUCCUCCCAUUCAAGAAGACUUGUGGCAUCUGCCUGGACGUCUGAGAAUCAACCCAUCACUGUGGGAUAAGGAGGAUGUGGCCCACUGGCUGCACUGGGCUCAGAGGGAGUACUCCCUGCGCCGGCCGGAGAGGGGACACUUCGAGAUGAACGGGAGGGCUCUGUGCCUUCUCACCAAGGAAGACUUCAGACGCCGCUGCCCCAGCUCAGGUGACGUCCUUUAUGAGAUCCUUCAAUGCGUGAAGCAGCAGAGGAGGAGUGUUGUCAGUGACCCCUCGAGUCUGCCUCCGUCUGUGGCAGCUGGACCAAUCAGCUGCCAGAUCGCCACUCAAACCAUCCCGGAACCGCAGAGUGUCCGGAUCGACGACUCAGCAGCUCGCCCCUGUCAGGCCGCCGCAGCUGUCAGAGCUGAAUCCGGCAGCCCGGCGGAGCCGAGGCCCCCCUCCGGAGACCCCCCCGCUCUGAACACGAGCUCUGCCGCACUCACACCGAGCAGCAACGGAUCGGAGACGAUCCCCACGGCGCCCCGAGCUCCGUUCCCCCACGAAGCAGAGAGAAAGACCUCCGAGCCGCUCAACCUGUCCAGUCGGGCCAAACCAAGGAGUCCACUUCACAAAGCCAGCGGCCGCAUCCCAGAGUGCAGACUGCUGUGGGAUUAUGUGUAUCAGCUGCUGUGUGAUGAUCAAUACCAAGACUAUAUCCGCUGGGAGGACCAGGACAGCCUGGUGUUCAGGGUCGUGGACCCGAACGGGCUGGCACGUCUGUGGGGAAAUCACAAGAACAGAGACAAUAUGACUUAUGAGAAAAUGUCGCGCGCCUUGCGACACUACUACAAACUCAACAUCAUCAAAAAAGAGCCGGGGCAGAAACUCCUGUUCAGGUUCUUGAAGCUCCCUCACGACAUGAAGAAACAGCUGACCGAUCCGGCCGCGUCCCCUGAACGCUGUCCACUUCCGGAGAGGGACUUCCCAGACGGCAGCCCCGUGCACGAGUUCAUUGAGAAGUUUGAGGUUUCCCCUGAUCGAGUUUCACCACAGCCUCCUCCACAUGACACCCCAGUGAGAUAAGGGCGAAUAGAACCGAUCACAGAGCUUCAAAGCACUAUCUGAGGCUGGCUGUCCACAUGGCGCUCCACUGCUGGACGUAUUUAAGGUUUCUUUACAUUUUGCUGUGAAUUAAUGCAUUUAACUGUGAUCUGGACUAACACUAUCAUAAAGGGAUGCAAAGAACUGUGAAAUAACUAAUCAAAGCAACACACCAUAUCAAUAAUAGCCAGAGCUUUCAUGUGUCAGGCCUGCUCAUCAUAAUCACUUCACAUGUAGUGAAAACAAACAGGGAAGCAUUGAAGCAGCAGCGCAGUCCUCCGCGUGUCAGGGAGGAUUUUUUUCACGCAGACCCUUUCUUUUCUGUUGCAGCUUGAACGCCGGUCAGUAAACUUGUAGCCAGUAUCAGCAGAAGGCGUUUGUAUUUUUUUGUGAAUUUUUUUUUUCUUUUCUGCCUUGUAAAAUAAAGUUUUAAUAUAGAUGCUGAAUUUAUCCAAUUUUUCUUCUUUUCAUCCAGGUUUAUUCAAACGUGUCAUCAUGACAUUUUUAUUGACUUCUGGGAAUAAUUGCUCUUGACUAACUUAUUGAUUAACUCAUUGUGGUGCAGUGGUUUUCAUGCUGUGCGUGUUAAAAGAAGUGUCAACGCUUUGCCUGCAGAUGGCGCUGUGGCAGCAGGAACUCAUCGAUCAUCUACUUUUGCUCCUCUAUUAAAAAAAAAAAAAAAGCUCCAGGAACUUCAACAUUU